CUCCGCCCCGUUCGUUUAGCUAAAAUCCCGACAGGCCCAGCGACUAGGAGAGUCACGUGAGGGUGUGAGGUGGAGGGUGAGGCCGGCCUCUUGGCUCUUCGUCUCUAUGGUUGUCAGAGGUGGGCGGCUUCUACCCAGGACCUGCUGAAACUCCAGCGUGAACGGGAUGUUUCGUCUUAACUCACUUUCUGCCUUGGCAGAAUUAGCUGUGGGUUCUCGAUGGUACCAUGGAGCGUCACAGCCUGCCCAGACCAGGCGAAGACUAAUGGUGGUGGCUUUCCUGGGAGCAUCUGCAGUAACAGCAAGUACUGGUCUCUUGUGGAAGAGGGCUCAUGCAGAAUCUCCACCAUGUGUAAACAACUUAAAAACUGACAUUGGUGAUAAAGGGAAGAAUAAAGAUGAAGGGGAGGUUUGUAACCAUGAAAAAAAGGCUGCAGAUACUGGUCUUGACUCUUAUCCCGAAGAAAAGAAGAAGAAACGUUCUGGAUUCAGAGACAGAAAAGUGAUGGAAUAUGAAAAUAGGAUUCGAGCCUACUCCACACCAGACAAAAUCUUCCGAUAUUUUGCCACUUUGAAAAUAAUCAAUGAGCCUGGUGAAACAGAAGUGUUUAUGACUCCCCAAGAUUUUGUGCGAUCCAUAACACCCAAUGAAAAACAACCAGAACACUUGGGCCUUGAUCAGUAUAUUAUAAAACGUUUUGAUGGAAAGGCUAAAUUCUUCAAAGUGAAAAAGAAAACAUUACACAGGGUCAGAAAGAAAAGUAAAGUGUCAGUUUUACAGAGGAGGAGGAAAAAAGUACAUCAGGAAGAAGAAAGAGCCAGGCCUGGCUCCACAGAGGAUAAAGGGAAAGAAAUCAAAAGGAAAAUCAUGGAGUGGCUGGAAAAGAAAAUUUCCCAGGAACGAGAAAAAUUUGCAGAUGAAGGCAGUAUAUUUUACACCCUUGGAGAAUGUGGGCUCAUAUCCUUUUCAGACUACAUUUUUCUUACAACGGUCCUUUCCACUCCUCAGAGAAAUUUUGAAAUCGCCUUCAAGAUGUUUGACCUGAAUGGAGAUGGAGAAGUAGACAUGGAGGAGUUUGAACAGGUUCAAAGCAUCAUUCGCUCCCAAACCAGUAUGGGAAUGCGUCAUAGAGAUCGUCCUACUACUGGCAACACCCUCAAGUCUGGCUUAUGUUCCGCCCUUACAACCUACUUUUUUGGAGCUGAUCUCAAAGGGAAGCUGACGAUCAAAAACUUCCUCGAAUUUCAGCGUAAACUUCAGCAUGAUGUUCUAAAGCUGGAGUUUGAACGCCAUGACCCUGUGGAUGGAAGGAUAACUGAGAGGCAGUUUGGUGGCAUGCUGCUGGCUUACAGUGGGGUGCAGUCCAAGAAGCUGACUGCCAUGCAGAAGCAGCUCAAGAAGCACUUCAGAGAUGGAAAGGGUCUGACGUUUCAGGAGGUGGAGAACUUCUUUACUUUUCUAAAGAAUAUUAAUGACGUGGACACUGCAUUGAGCUUUUACCAUAUGGCUGGAGCAUCUCUUGAUAAAGUGACCAUGCAGCAGGUGGCCAGGACCGUGGCCAAAGUGGAGCUGUCAGACCACGUGUGUGAUGUGGUGUUUGCACUCUUUGACUGUGACGGCAAUGGGGAACUGAGCAAUAAGGAAUUCGUCUCUAUUAUGAAGCAGCGGCUGAUGAGAGGCCUGGAGAAGCCCAAAGACAUGGGUUUCACCCGCCUCAUGCAGGCCAUGUGGAAAUGUGCACAGGAAACUGCCUGGGACUUUGCUUUGCCCAAAUAGAAACCCAGACUACAGAGGGGUCAACUCCUGCACCCCAGGCACACUGGAGCCCCUAGAGCAGAGCCUCAGCUCUUCGUGCUGCUGCUUCCAACAGCAGUGCUCCCUUCUCUUGCGAGCAGCCUUCCACGGCUUCCCCUGUCCUCAUGUUCCGCUAGGCUCUGACUUCCCAGUGACCAUGCCCACUGGUUCUUAGAAGCCCAGACUCAUUUUCAAAGCCCAGACUGUGGCUCCUGCAUCAGCCCUCCCCAUGCGGGAAGCCUGUGGACAAAGAAUCUAAGGAGCCCUCCACACACCUGCCAGCCCUGGGAAACAGCCAGUCCUCAAGCCACUUUUGCCAUGGAUUUACCUUAACAAGAACUUCCUUGCUCUUCCUCCUGCUGGUGUUUUUAAGCUGCAAGUUGGGAAAAGUCUGGCAGGCAAAAGGAAGUCUGUGAUGGAUGAUAAUGACAAUGACUUGGGCACCCUGAGCUGGCAGGAAGCCUGGGCCAGAGGAAGGUUCUGUCAGACGCAGUGAAUCCGAGCCAAGGCCCGCUACAGGAAGGCAAUGUGCUCAGUGGGAGCAGAUUCUGAAUUUAUAGCAGUUGCUCCAUGGCCCUUUCUGCUCCCUUCUUUCCUCGGGGCUAAGAGUCCAUGCUUAAGGAGCAGCAAUGAUGGAGCUCCUUUUCCCUGCAAGCGCCAUCUCCUCUCCAGCACGGGCCUCUAAAUCCAUGGUGUGGCUCACGGCCUCUCUGCCCUCUGUCUUAAACACUCAUAAAAUAUCACUUUAAUGGUUUGCAAUAAAGACCCCCAAAGGCU